UUGUUCACUCAGUCAGUUUUUGACUUCUCUAGUGAAAGUUUUCGUCUAUCUUAGUACGCUGACAAAACAUAACCUUCAAUUUGACAAACUUUUGUUUGAAGUUUGAAUUACUUUGUGCGCUACGGCUAAAAUAAGUUUUGUAGUGUAUAAUCUCCAAAAGUUCUUGCAAAAAUACAAUCUGCACAUAAGUUGUUAGAUAUUUUGCAGUUUUGCGGGGUAAAGUUUGGAAAAAUCUUGUGUGAAGGACAGCUUUACUUAAAUAUUCAGUAUGAUGAUACUGUGGAUGUGUGUAGUUGCGGUUACUCUACCAGUUUUCACCAACCAGCAAUGUCUCACCAAAGAUGACUCGAAGCCUUCAACCGACCCGCAAGCAAGGCUGGCUCUGUUCAGAGGCCAACAGGAGUUCAGCUUGGCAAUGCUGCAGACGGUGAACCACAUGUACCCGAACCAGAACAUCUUCUUCUCGCCUCACAGCAUCUACCAGGCAAUGUUGUUGUCCUACUUUGUCGCCGCCAAUCACACCGAAGCCUCCAUUAAGAAGGCCAUCUUCCUGCCCAAGCAACAGGAUAAGUUGAGUACUAUGCAGGCUUACAGGUUGGAGAAAUUCUUCCAAAGCAUGCGAUUGGUCAACGGAUCUGACAGCUAUGAACUGCGCAGUGCUAACCGACUGUUUGUCUCACAACAGCAGAAGGUGAAGGAGUGCAUGCUGGAGCUGUUCAAGGACGAGGUGCAGCAGGUGGAUUUCGCCAAGUCAGCAGAAUCGGCGCAAGUGAUCAACCAGUGGGUGGCCAACCAGACCAAGAACAACAUUAAGGAGUUGAUACCUGAAGGCAGUAUUAGCGAGACAACACAGCUCAUACUGACAAACGCGGCCUACUUCAAGGGACUGUGGAAGUCAAAGUUCUUGAAAUCCAACUCCCGAAAGGAGAUCUUCUACAUUAACAGUUCUAAAAACGCUUUUGUUACCAUGAUGAGACAGAAGGGAACAUUCAAUCAUGCCGUAUCAGAACAACUAGGAGCCCACAUCCUGGAGCUGCCCUACAAAGGUGAUGACGUCAGCAUGUUUGUCCUACUUCCUCCCUUUGCCAGUCCGUCAGGUAUCACCAACAUCCUGAAGCGGUUGACCCUGAAGACUCUGCACGAGAUCAUAGACGAAGACAGCAUGAUUCCGCGUGCCGUCGAGGUGUCCAUUCCCAAGUUCGAGGUUGAAAAGUCUAUCGAGUUGGUCCAGAUCCUGACCUCGUUCGGCAUCGACAUGUUCGAAGACACUGCCGACCUGUCGUCGCUGACCGAUGCGACCGGCCCGCGUGUGCGAUUCACCGACGCCGUGCACAAGGCGCGACUCCAGGUGGACGAGGACGGCACAACCGCCGCAGCUGCGACUGCCGUUCUGUCGUUCAGGUCGUCACGACCGCUCGAUCCGGCACAGUUCAUUUGCAACCAUCCGUUUGUCUACAUCAUCUACGACAAGGUCGCACAGGUUGUGCUGUUCACUGGGGUAUAUAGCACGCCUGAAGGCGGUAAUGAAGCUCAGUAAUAUCGCUACAAACCUGACCUCAUCAUCUCUUAUUUGUCUAAAUUGUUUACAAUCAUCUGCUGAAAAUUGCAAAUUGAAUACACAAAUGAUUUGCAAUCAUGUUUGUCUUUAUCAGCCCACUCUAGUGAUGUAGAUGUUAUUUUUGCAGUGGAGAAAGAUACAGACCUACAUACACAGCCGGCGGAAUCGAUAAGGCCAGCUACCAAUGUACCGUUUCAUCGUACAUUUUCUAUAGUACCGUAAGGUCCACGUUAUAAUGGCAGUGUUUGAUUAGCAAUAGUAUUGCUAUCCUUGUUUAUCAUUCAACAAAGCGGAUAGCACUAUCUCUUUCUCACUUUGCUCUGUUGCCAGAUCGUCUUUCAACAAUAUGGAUUUAAUCAAUUAAUUAACAAAAUAUUUCAUCUUGGUUAUAAAAUUAUUGAAAAAUAUAAGUUCUUGCUUAAUAAAAUAUAAUUGCUUUUUGAGUUAAUAUUACAUCAAAUAUCGGGGCACCGAGCUCCGCACGUUAUUUUUAUUUAUUGUUAAACAGAACACAAUUCUCUAAAAUGAUCGUGUUUAUAUUUCACAGCUGGCUGGCUAUACGUCAUCUUAUGAAUUUUGGGGGUACGAUAUUUUGAUUUUUCACAUACUCACUCACUCACUCACUUUUUUACAAUCCACAGCUGUUUCAGCCAAGAAUGAAUUAUCCUUUAAAUGUCUUUCAGCAAGUUUUCCCAAGGAUAAGACCUAGCGCAAUCGAAUUUUUAUGUCAUAAACCUACUAUGUUCCAAAUUUCGUGGAAAUCAUUAGAGCCGUUUUCGAGAUCCGUUGAGCAUAAAUAUCCAGUUAUAAAUAUAAAUAACCAGAUAUAAAAAUACAGAAAUUGCUCGCUUAAUAUAAUAGGAUAAACCGGUAUCAACUACUAUCAUUGAAGGCAUUGACAAGGAUCGGCAACGUUGUUCUCCUAUCUUUCUCCACUGCCAUUAUAACGUGGACCUCACUAUACAACAUCAUCUACGACAAGGUCGCACAAGACGUCCGUCCUGCUUAUUCUUCAGUAUUAUUGUAGCCCACUGAUCAAAAAAAUAUAUAUCUUUCCAUAAUUUAAACUGUUGAAGACUCAUAACCUCUUUUGAACUAAUAUGCAAUCAAAAUUCGGGAAUGGAUAAGUAAGGGCUAUAAGCCUGUUUCUCCGUUUUCAAUCAUUUUAUAAUUUUGUUGUUAAAUAAAUAACACAUUCUCAUAAUUGAGUUUAAAUAUUCGAGUAUUUCAUUAUGUUUCUUUAUAGUAAGCAAGCUAUUUCAAGAAUGCGGAGGUGGAAAAGGAUAGAGCUUUCUGCUCUGUCUCAGAAAAGGAUAUAACUAUCUGCUCUGUCUCGUGACAGACAAGGAUAGCAACACCAAUGUUAAUCAGGUGUUGACUAUAUAAAAUGAAGAUAUCUCAUGAGUAUUAACACUUGAGAAUUCCAAUGAAAAGUCAGGAUAUUUCAGCGUUGUUGUUUUAGCAGUGUAUGUUUAAGCUGUAAUUAGACAAACAUAGCCAUUUUUUGUUAAUACAUGACAACAAUAAUUGAUAUUACUUAUCCUGAUGGUUAAUUCCAGUAUUUCCAUCAUAAAUCAGUUUCUGGUUACAAUACUGAAUUCAUUGUUACUAUAAAUUUUUUGAAAAUUUAUAGUAUUUUCAAGAGCUCUACCGUUAGUAACUCUUAAAUCAAUCAAUUGAGUUGUGUCCAAUGGACGUUACUCUGAGAAAUUAUGUUGAAUAAAUAUCAGGCAUUUAGAACAUUAGCAGAGAGUAGCAUAGUUCUAUUAUAAUUGAUAUUACCUCUUAUUUAUUGAAAAUGUUAUAAUUUAGACAUCACUUAUGUUUCAUAAAAAUGAAUAAAUCUUAUAAACAUGCUGAUUGAUAAUCAAUUAAAUUAUCUAUUUUCUAUGUCUAUUUUAUUUUUAAAGUAUGAUCAUUGUUUCAAGUAAGAUCAAAUUAUAACAGUAUUAGUCUACAAAUAAUCUAAGUAACACUUCAUGUUUUUAAUAAAACCACUAUUAUAUUUGUACAGAUUUAAUGUUUAAGCUGUGAUAUAUAUUUUUUUAAUAUUAUGUUUGUCUUGUUUAGUUGUAAUGUCGUUGGAUUUUUGGAAUGUUACUGUGUAAAUUAAGGCUUAUCAAUGUAUUCAUACAGUAUUAAUGGAAUUAUUGGGGUGAAUAGAAAAUUGUAUUAUAAUUUAUCUUCAUCUGCAAAAUAUGAUGCAAGAAAUAAUGUUAAUGUAAUGUAUGCUUCACGUUUCUCAUGAAUAGAAUAGAGAAGGAAAGGUGGAAAAUUAUUGAUAAAUUAUCUAUUUUUUAUUUUUGAAGAAAAUGCAUACCAUGCACAUUUUAAAAGCUUCAUUAAUUAUUAAAGUUUUAUACUGAAUACAGUGCUGUAUCUUUAUUAUUUUUUAAUGAAUAUGUGAAUAACAAUAGAUUUUCCAAUAAAGUUUGUUUAGAUCUA